CCCAUCCCCAAUUUCGAGCCCUAAUCCAAAUUCCAAACCCUCUCUCAAAUCGAAUUCCAUGGCUUCCGCGUCGGAGAACUCCGGCAAGAAGAUCAUCCUCCGCAGCUCCGAUGGCGAGGUCUUCGAGGUCGACGAGGCGGUCGCCGUCAAAUCUCAAACCAUCAAGCACAUGAUCGAGGACGACUGCGUCGACAACGUCAUUCCGAUCCCCAACGUCACCGGCAAAAUCCUCUCCAAGGUCAUCGAGUACUGCAAAAAGCACGUCGACGCCGCCGCCUCCUCCGAUUCAACCAAGGCCGAGGACAAGGUUGCCUCCUCUGACGACGAACUCAAGGCUUUCGACGCCGACUUCGUCAAAGUCGACCAGGCCACGCUGUUCGACCUGAUUUUGUCUGCUAACUACCUUAACAUCAAGAGCCUUCUGGAUCUGACUUGCCAAACAGUUGCUGACAUGAUCAAGGGAAAGACUCCUGAGGAGAUCAGGAAGACGUUCAACAUCAAGAAUGAUUUCACUCCCGAAGAGGAAGAAGAGGUCCGAAGAGAGAACCAGUGGGCUUUUGAGUAGAAGUAAAACCAUUCUGGCUUGUGAAUCAAGUGCUACUUGCUGUUUAUGGCUUAUUUUGUUAACCUUUGAAUCGAAUGUUUUGUUAAGUUUGGUUUCCCCUAUGUAUGGCACCAACUUAAACUGUGACUGGGUAAUAUCUAUUCUGCUAUGGUUGUUAUUAUUAUUAUUAUUAUUCGUGAUA